CUUCCUUAUUGAGGAUGGGCACAAUACUAUAUUCAUCACCUUUAUAAGACUAUUUCCUCGGCUUUCAACAAUGCAUAGCUAGUAUAUAAGCAGACACGAUAGGGAGCAAACGGGACGACGGUCAAUGCUUAAUGAUGAAAUGGCUCUAGUGCUUUCAUUGGAACAGGUUCAUAGCUGGCAGCUUACCUCACGGCACGCGAGCGAUUGGGUAGCUUUCAACAAUGACCGAGCAGAUGGCUUUUGCACCCGGCCUUUAUCCUCCACACCAGCCUCCUUACGCCGAAAAUCCCCUUUUCCAGCCGGUCCCGGGUGACAAUGUUAGGGCAGCGCUUUCCGCAGGUACGGGGGGCAGUCCUCGGCGCACUGGAGGCUUGUCAUCGCGGAGUGGGACGGAAGCAGGUGCUGAGGCCUGGGCCAGGCGACACGAGGAAGCCGUGGCUCCCUUCAUGGAAAGCCUACGGUCCAACCAGGCAGACCCCAUGUUCAGCGCCUUUUCCGCUCAGAUGAAUCACCUUUAUCAGGUGUUUAAGGAGCUCUAUGAACAAGACCAAGUGGAGAUCAGACAGCUCCUGACCGCACUGGAGUCUCAGAAGCAGCAGCUGCGGCAGUUGGCAUCGGAGAACAACACCGUACGACAGCAGCUGCUGCGGGAACGUGAGCAGGCCGCCGCAGCAGCAACAGCAGCCGCCACGCGAGCAGCAGCGGCUGCUGCUGCGGCCCCGGCUGGACCCGCAGCGGCCACCAACAGUAACAACAACCACAACCCCAUGCGGAGUCCAGCACCCAGGACAACGCCCUUCGUCGACGCCGCCGCAGCAGCAACAGCAGCAGCGGCAGGGGCGGCAGCAGGGGCGUCGUCGCCGGGUUCUGAGGGGGUUCAGGAGUCGACAUGGGGCAUGGGAACCGCUGGGUCGGGAGGCCGGGGUGCUCGCGCCCGCUCCCGGCUGCAUCACGCUGCGACUGGGGGAGCGGCGACGGGGACGUCAUCGGAGGAUGGGUCCAGACGGUCCCGGGGUGCGGGCGCUGCUGCCACCGCCAACAUAUCGGUAUCGGGCUCGCAGGCGCCAGCGCAGGCAAGAGGAUUAAGUAGACAUGGAGCAGCCGGUGGCGAGGGCGUCCGUGGUAGAAGCGGCGGCAAGGGCGGAGGCGGCGGCGGCGACAGCACUCGUCAGCGGCCGCUGUACAUCCUCUUCCUGCCGUACAUGCUACACCCCGCACACCACUGCUGGAGGUUCUACGCCGCCUGGCUUCACUCCUGGAGCACCCGCCGCACCGCCUGGCUGGCCGUGUUGUGGCUGCUGGUGUUCCUGCUAGCGGUGGGGCUGCUGGUGGGGCUGCUGGUGCCGUGGGGCCGCCUCACGCGCACGCGCUUCCUGGUGGGGCCGCAGCCGCUGGCGGUGGGCAGCUCGGAGCUCAGCCUGCUGCUGCGGCUCAACAGGGACGCGGUGCUGUACUAUGCGGUGGUGCCGGAGGCGUAUACGAGUGGGGGGACAGCGGCGGCGGCGGCAGCAGGGAGGCGGCGACUGUCCCGCUCCGCAGCUCUCGACUCCUCACCCUUUCCGGACACCGGCACCGGCAUCGCGUCUGCGGAGCUAGCCGGUCUCAGAGCCCGCCUCUCCAGCAACUCUAGCUCCCAAGCAUCCCCGCCAGCCUCCGCUGCCGCCUCUCCCAUGUCAUCCUCAACCUCCGCCCCCGCCUCCGCCCCUUCCCGGGCUGAUGGCUGGUGGUCGGGGUGUUGGUGGUCGCGUUGGAGCCGGGGGCAGCUGCAGCCGCAGCACCGCGUGUCAUGGCAGCGACGACUGCGGCAAGCGCACCGGCGGGGGCUGUCCUGGUCCGCCCUGCCCUGGAGCACGCCGGCGGGAGCGACAGUCGGGGACACGGACAUGGGAGCGGCGGCAGGGGCGGUGGUUGCAGGACCGGACGGUGUAGUUCCGGAGCGGGAGGGUGCAGUUGGGGCGCGGAGGUUCUAUGGUGGGGCGCAGCAGGAAGGGAGAAGCCGGCGGCAGCUCCUGGCGUCCUCGAACGUGAAGCUGCUUGCGUUGGAUGCCAUAGAGGGAGACGAUGUACGGCAGGUGUCGGACGGCGGCGAAGACAGCGACCGCGGGGUACUGUUUCCGUACACCGUUGCCUGUGGUGUCGUACACGUGCCUCGGAUAGAUGAAGCGAACUUUACCCUCACGGUGAGCAGCACGCCCUCAUUGGCAGCGCUGCGGGCGGUACCCCCCAACGGCACCAACCAGACGUCAGCGGCGGCGGCGGUUACGGCAGCAGCAGCGGCAGCGCUGGAUGAAUGUACGGCAAGCUUCGGGCUGUUCCGCAACUCCACGAUACCAUUGGCGAAUGGAUCUUACAAGGCGGGCCGCUGUCAACGCUGCCCGCUGCUGCAGCCGGGAACGCCGUACGUGGUGCUGCUGCUGGCGGAUGGAGGCCGUACGACAGGCGUCAUGAAGGUACGAGUGACGACGCGGGUGGAGGCGGCGCCGCCGCCACCGGCGACGCCGCCGCCAGGGCUUCCCUCGGAGCCGUCAUCACCGCCGCCACCGGCGCCAGAUGCGCCCAUGUUUCCGCCGGAGGUGCCUGUUGCAGGUAGCGGAGGAUGAUGAGUGAUUGGGAGAGUCCACUGGUUGAUGGGUCCCCUACACUGCUGUUUUGUAGCUAUGCGCCUGUGACGGGGCUGAGCGUUCGCACUGCGUAGGCUUUCGAUGAGGGCGGGGGCCGAGGUUAGCAGGCUGGGGAGAAGGAGCUUAGGACGUAAUAGGAAGGAUAGAGUUUUGGUGUACAUAGUGUCUAUAAAGAGACCCAUGCUGUUGCUGUUGGGCAUUGGGAGUUAUUACCUAAGGAAGGUUAAGCAGAAAAUUGUUGAGCAGGUCAGAGUAGGUGAAGAUUGCUUCCUUGGUUGACUGGUUGCAAUGUUGUUUGGUGGCAAAUCCGAACCGUUAUUAGGUUUUGUCCGUUUGUCAGUUGGCAAGAGUUGGAUUGCAGGUUGCAAGGUGUUGCCAGCAGGCGAAGGAGUACAGGCGGGAUACCACAUGUUUGC